AUGAGCGGUCUCGGACCCGCCGCUUGCUGGCUUACCCACAAACGUAUUGAAUCGUGGUCGCGUAUCGCCAGGGAGCGUGUCGGAGCCGUGCGUCGCGUAACUCUUGAUCGCAAUUCCGAAGAUAAUAUCGGUGCGACGACAUCCGCGUCAUCCACUCCACCACCACCGCCCAUGACGCCACCUCCGUCCGCUUCGUCAGUGACAUCGACCACGAGUGGUAUUGGUAGUGGGGCGGGCAGCGUCAGCGAUAGUUGUGAUUUGCCAACGGACUCUGAGGAAGUUAACGUAGUCAAAGAGACUCAACCCAUACAACCGCCAUCGACUUUUGGUAAUUCUGCGCAUAUGGUAAAUGCAGACGUUCUGCGUGGCCCUGCGGAGGUACUCCACAGUCCAUUGCACUUGCAUCACCAGAGUCGUUCCUUUCCACCGCGUCUACAGCGCACGCCAUCUAUUUCCAGUCAGUCGAGUAUUGACAGCGCACCAUCUAGACAUUCAGGACACCGCGGCUCUUCGCCACAGAUUCGUACAUUCGGACCCGAUGGUCGAAGCUCAUUACCCGCCGACCCCGGCUUUCCACAUCAUUUGGCUCGCUCACCAAGUCCAAUGCGCACCAUUUCACUGGAUGCCCGUUGCGGUAGCCCCGCAUCCACCGACGUCAGUGACUUGCGUACGCCCAGUCCAUCACAAAGCAGCCUAGCCUCAAUAGCCGGUGGUUCGGUGGUUACGAACAUAAGCAUAAACUCCGCAAAAGUCGGUCGCUGCCUUUCUCCACUACUUAUACCGCCACGAACACCUGCAGGAGUCGACCCCGCCAUUGGACCAGCUUCACCGCUGGGUGCUUUGCAGCCAGAUCUAUAUCGUGUUCCAGAUGGUCCAAUAUAUUUGACAGCACCUGAGUCCAGUCCAGCUUUGGGCCGAUUGCAUUUACGUGUCAAAUAUGACUAUCAUCUUUUCGAUUUGACCGUGCACCUGAUUGAAGCUCACAACCUUUGCCCGAUUGAAGAGGGAGGUUUUCGCGACCCGUACGUACGUUUGAUGCUUGAACCUGAGGUGGACAACCGAAAACGCCAAACACACAUACAUCGCGGAGAAACAAACCCUUAUUUUGAUCAACAUUUCAAAUUCCCCGUUUCACGUGAUCAACUACAAGGCAAAGAGCUCAAACUCCAGGUUCUCGACUAUGAUCGCUAUUCCCACAAUGAUAUAAUCGGUGAAGUACGUAUCUCUGUUGAUGAAUUGGAUCUUUCAAAAUCUGUAGAGAUAUGGGGCGAUUUACUACGUGUCAAAAAACCGCAAGAGAAUCGACCGGAGCUCUUAUGCUCACUAAACUACUUGCCUCAGGCCGAACGACUGACAGUGGUCAUCAUGAAAGCAAAGAACUUGGACACAAUACAGGAGCCCUAUGUAAAGAUCUAUUUAAUUCAAAACGGUAAACGCGUAAAAAAGAAGAAGACUAGCAUUAGCAAAUCUGACGAUCCCGCCAAUCCCAUCUGGAACGAAGCAUUUACGUUUAAUCUGCAGUCUGCCUACCUGCAUAACGCGGCGGUAGAGAUUUACGUUGUUGGUUCUGGUGGAGAAGCCAUGGAAAUUGGCAGCUGCGGGCUCGGACCACAAGAGAUUGGUACUGGGUGUCAGCACUGGCACGACAUGAUAAAUAACGCGCGCAAACCAACAGCUAUGUGGCACUUCAUUCGCUAAGAUGUAAGCGCCUUUAAUGCAUGCAUGUUUGUGCAGUUGCUUUUACAUAUACAUACAUGUACUAUAAAAACGUUAACACAUAAUAUGCAUAUACAUAUAUUUUAUAUAUGUACACAUAUACAUAUGUAUAAAAGUAUUUACAAAUCAGGUAUCCGAGCACGAGUAUAGCAAAUACAUAUGUACAUAAGAAUAGGAAUGGCUGGAUCAAGCACUUAUGAACUUAGAAAUGACGUCAUUUUGUUAAAUAAUUUCAUUUAAGGCUAAACACUUCAAUCAAAUAACAAAUAAGACAUGCAUAGAGGUUUGUGAACUAAAAAAUAGUAAAAUUCAAAGACGCGUUGGUUUGUGUAUAAAAAAUCGAUAAUUCCACGUAAUAAUUGCAGAUACAACUGCAUAAUUUUCAAAUACGCCCACACUAGGAACUUUUUAAAGCAUAUACUUGCCACACUAUUUGAAGUUACUUUAAAUGUAAUAUACGCGACUAUAUAAUAUUUAAAUAUACACACUUACAUAAUAUAUUACUGUACAAUUUAAAGAAGAAAUGCUUUGAGAAGGGCUUUGCUAGGAUUAUUUUAUUAUACAUAAAUAUAUAUGUCUGUAAGGGUAUAAAAGGCGGAAAAAGCGUCAGUCUUACCGAAACCAAUAAAUACUACAUAUUUCAAAUUAUUAUUAUGAAAAAGAUAAAAGAUUCUAUUUUCGCCUCAAUGCUAUUUCUUUGGUAUAACUUUAUUUCUAAGUUUGAAGGGAAUGCUUUGCUGGCUUAGUGCAUCACUGAAGCUUUUAUAAAAACGCUAAAUGUAAAGCAAUUAUAUUUUUAACAUUUGCUUAAUUGUUUUUAUUUCAACUGUUCAA